UCCACUUUCUCUUCUUCUUUCUUCUUGAUAAAGCCGGAAAAAAAAAAAAAAAAAAAAGAAGGCACAAACUGGAAGUGUCUAGGUGCUGCCACGUGUUUGCCGCGCGUCACCCAACACCGACUACUAACCGUUUCUAACUUCCUUCCUUGGUGAAUCAUCAUCAUCAUCAAAGAACGAUCCAUUGGAGGGACCAACUUUUCCAUUCCCAGAUUUCUAAGCCAAAGUUUCACAGCAAUUUGGUUCUCUUGUUUGCCAAAAAAGAAACUGGAAUCAUGGUGAAGAAAUUGUUCUCUUUCCUACCGGUUCACAAAGCGAAACUCAUGAAGAAACGGGUCGACCAGAAACGAUUGUUGCUCAAAAGGGUGUUAGACUUUUUGAAAUCGGAUAAUUACAUGUUUGCGCCGCUUGUUUCAUCCCAGAAUUCUACGUUUACAACCUCUUCCGCAGGAUUUGAGGCAUUUGAACAACCCAUGAAGACGAAACAGAAGAAGUUGUCUGGGAAAGUGAAGGAUUACAUGACAUCUGAUUGUUACUUGUACGCCCCUUUGGUUUCGAAUGAGCCACCAGGUCUUCUUUCUUUUGGUGAGACCUCUUCUGACAUAAUAAGUCCAAGGGAGUCAUCAAAAACUGUACCUGAAGAAAAUAAAGGCCUGGGGCAAAUUACAGAAAGCAACAGUGUCACAGAACAGCAUUUUCAUGGCUACCCCUACACAAGAAGUGCCGUUAUCAGGCAUACUCUGAUGCAGAAAGAAACAGUGAAGCAUGUGAUUCAGCAAAAUAAUCGCCCUUCUCCUGUGGAAGGAGAUGAAAAAAAGAAGAAAAGUGGAAGGAAAGGGGCCAAAGUAAAAGGAAGCAGUACUGCCAACACUAAAAAGUCAGUUUAAGACACCGUUAGGAUGUUGAUCCUCUUUUGUGUUAAUUUAGCAUGGGUUGCAGUCUCCAAUAACUAAUUUGUGAACAUUCUAGAUUUCUAGCAACUUAUUGGAAAUAUGUAGUCAAAACCCACUUGGUUAUUACAUGAGUUAGGCUAGUUGAUAAGCUGAUUCCUGUUUAAGCACUUCAAUGAUGGCGAAGUAUUCUUUAGAUUUUCAAAUUUCUGUUCAAUCAUACUGUUCUGGUUCUAGGUUAGGGUGCACGUAUCCACGCAUUGCUACUCUCUCUGUAAAAUACGUAAGAACUAUGCAUUGGCUUUCUUGACAGGAAAAAAAGAUCACUGGAAGAGAGAGGGGUAACUUUGCUUCAGAAUGGAAAGCACAAGAUUAGCCGAGCCCUGUGAGGCUUUAUUUCAGUAGCAUUGUGAAUCCUCUAAUAUAUAACUGUAUACGAUGCUUAGGCUAGCUGUAGUCAGUUCCCUGACUUUCCUCUUCUGACCUAUCAUUUACCACCUUAGAUUUUGCUCUUUCUUUUGUUUGUCUGGUCUUUUUUCUUUUUCUCUUUAUUUUUUUUGUGUUUUUUGGUGGGUAAUGUAAAACCAACAAUAGAUAAUCAAUGCAUGAUUUGAUGCAGGCUUAGCCUGUUGCCCUUUCCAUAUCUCUAUUGAGGAGACUCGUUUGAUCUUGUUUUAUGUAAUUUUCUCUGUCAUGAUAAAGUAUGAUUCUCCAGUAUCAGAAGUUUGAACAGCAACUGAAGAUGCAAUCUUCUGGGGUAUUUUAGCAUUUUAAUAAGUGAACUUGUGGGGAAAUUUAUUAUCUGUUGAUACACAGUUGAAAGAAGCUUCUUUCAUUAACCUCUAUGGUUUUUCCAUAUGUUCAUCAAAGAAAGAAAAGAUUCAGGAGCUUUACAUAGUCUGUCUGCUUAAUGUAUAAGAUUACAGAAACGGAAAAGAGAGAAUUGCUGAUCUUGGUCUGUCUGCUUAGCCUGACAUGGCUUCAAGACCAAUGUUAGAAGGGUUGGAUUAUCAGCAAAUCCUUUUGCAAGCGGGCAUUAUCAGUCUACUCUUUUCCAUGCAAGUUGCUAUGUAUGUUCUGCAUGGUUAGGUCUGUAUUGUCGUUUCAUGGCUAGUCAGUUAGGGUAUUUCUCUCUGUUUUCA